CGUAGAAUGGAAGAUGGAAGAUAUAAUUCUGUGACCAAGAUGUAAAUGAAUGCGAGAGAGAAAACCGAAUUGUUAACCGUCAUCAGAACUCCUUAAAAACGGACAUAUUAGUCAAGUGUCAGAAUUCAGAAUCUAAAAAGAUUGGCUGUUAUUAAUUUUAGUAAAUAAAAAUCAUUUAAAAAAUACCGAUAAAACCCAGCCAGAAACACUUAAUGCAUUUUACUCUCAUAUAAACGUGUAAUACCAAAUAUGGCUGUUCCAUACGUUCUGCAAAUAAAAAAUGGUGUAAAUGCGAUACGUUUAACAGAUUUAGAUAAAGCAUUCGAUGAUACAAUUCCCCAUUUAACAUAUUUAUCAGAUUUAAAUACCAGUUUGGAGCAAUUUCCAAUGCCAAUAUUGGCCCCUAUAGAAGUAAAUAAGAGUAAAGACACCGCUAAUAUCCAACUUCAAAGUAACGAAGAUAUUGAUCCUCAAAUUAAUUAUGUUUAUCGAGUUGUGUACCCCGAUCAAGUUACUCCACAGCCUGCAAAAAGAGGGCGAAAGAAAAAGAAGAAAAUUGAAGAACCUGAAGAAGUUAGAGAAGAACCAAUUAAAAUUUUAAAAUCUGCUCCAAGAACAAGGUCUGGUCGGGUUGUUAAAUUUCCUAAACACAUGGAAAAAGAUUUCAAAAAAGUUGAAAUAAAAGACACCAAAAAACCAGUGGAAAACGAAGAAGAAAUAAUAACGGAUUUUGUUACUUUUAAAGAAGAACCCCCAUCAAAGCAAACAGAAUUACCUCUGUUAAACUUUCAUCAACGUCGAAGAAAAAUUGCUGCCCAAUACAGAUGUCCGAAAUGUUUAAAAGCGUACUUAGGCAAAACGAAAAUGAUUCAACAUAUUAAAAAAUAUCCGGAUCACGGGCCUUUACCUCAAAAGGAAAGUAGCAAAGUUAAUUUCGAAGUUUGGAAUUAUCUGGUCGAUAUUACUCAGAGGUGCACCCCUGCGCAAAGGGGGAUAAAAUUUUGCGAGGAAUUAACCAAUUUGUUGCACAAUGUGCUGUUACUUACUAGUGCUCUCUUUAAAAAAGUUGAGCACAAUAAAAACUUUGUAGAAGUCGAUAAAGUUUUAGGUAAUGCUAUAGGACUCUCACCAGGUUUUUACACCUUUAAUGAUAGCGAAUUGUAUAAAGAUGUCACUGUACUAAAAUUAAUCACGACAACAGACUUUUUUAAACCUGUCAAUUCAACAACAUCGCAAACAGAAAAAUCUAUAACUGCAAGCCCACAAGAAAUCGAAAAAAAUACUGUUAUAGUCAAAAAAGAAAGUGUCGUGGUAGCGGAGCCUGAACACGGCACAAAAAAAAUUGAACCGGUGUAUUUUAACAGUAGAGAAGACUUGAGAAAAGAUGAACCGAGUUUUUGCAUGCAGGAAAUAGAACCGAAAAUCGUCACAGAUCUAGCAGACAUACCUGAUGAGUAUGGGAAAAAAGAUGAAAAUCUGCAUAUUGAUUCUGAACUAUUAUCGCAUCAUUCAUUGCUGCAUUUGUCGGCCAUUCGUAACACGGAAGAAGACUUAAUGUUAGCGUCAGUCGACCCUGGUGGUACUCUGUUAGAUAACUCUACGAGUUCCGAUGAGGUAAUGAAUGUAGAUCAAUUUGUCAACGAGAGGUUUAAAAAGAUCACAGAGCCCGAUUUGGAAUUGGGGACCUCGUCUUUGAAUUUGGACUUGCCGAGUUUGGAUUUGUUCCAAUUUCAUGCUACGUAGCUGUUCCUAGUUUUAUAGGAUAUCUCGAUUUAUAUGCUACGUUUGUUUAUUCACAUUUGACUGUUCCAUCUCAUUUGCUUUUAUUUAUUCGAAACUUAUCAUUGUUAUUUGUUGGAUUCGUCUAUCGAAUUUUAUACACUACUGAUGUGGCUACAUGCAACUGAUAUAGCAUUUUCGUGCAUACUAUCAAAAAUGAUUAGUUUAAUUUUCAGUUAUUUUCCUCAAUUUGAAUUACAAGAAUAAUAUAUUUAAUCAUCGACGAUUAGAUUUUGUCAUUAUCACUUUUAACACGUGCCCACUUAUAGUGACUCAGAGGCCCUUUAGGCAAUUCUUCAUUACAUGCAGUGCUAGUAAAUAACAAAGGUGCCAAAGAUUUAUUUAUGUUUCCAUUAUGACUUUUUAUUUUUACACACGUCAUUCCGUUCUUUCACUUUUAAUAUACUUUAUACAUCUUUAAUACAAUUUUAUUUCUUUUUAUUCUACACACAUGUUAUUCCGUUCUUUCACUUUAAAUAUACUUUAUACAUCUCCAAUACAAUUUUAUUCAAUAGGAUCUACAAAAUAAAUAAGACCCCACAUACUACGUCUAGAGCGGUUCUUUACUACAUCUACAUUUGAAUCUAAUCUUCAAUCACGUGAUCAAAAAAAUCACGUCUUAGAUGCAUCCGAUGUGGUUAAAUAAACGUAAGAUUAGUUUUAAGUAUUUAUGCAAUUAUGUAUAUAAUGAGACUGAAAUAAAUUUGUGUUUUUU